AUGGGGCUCGUGCAGAAGAUCGACAGCGUCAUCACGGCGGCGGCAAGGGCCAUCCUACCCGUCUGGAGAACAACGCCAACCAGUAGCCUUCUCCGAGACGCCGGCUUACCGUCAGCUCAGGUGGCCCUAGAGGGCGUCCGCUUACGGGCUGCAGUCCGCCUCCAGAAGAUUGACCGCCGGCAUCCCUUGGUCUCGCGGCUCUCCCAGCAGGCACAGCAACAGACGAGACUACAACGGACGGCCGAACUCCUACCAACAUGCGAAAGACCAGCGUUCCUCCAACCACAGUACCAGCCGGGGUCACAGCAUCAGAUAGUGGUGCAAAGCAAAGCAGAGGCUGCGAAAUCCUUCGAGGCCUGGCUAAAGACAGUGCCGGAAAGCCACAUGGUCGUCUUCUCGGACGGCUCCCGGGCGACGAACGGAGCCGUGGGAUACGGCUUCGUCAUCUAUCGAGACUCUAAACGCAUAGCGCAAGGGUGCGGCCGACUCGGACUAGCGGAAGUGUUAAUCACCGACCCACGAGGCUUCGAGGCCUUUCUCCGCGUGACGGACUUCUUCCAGAAGAUCUGUCCGCGGUAG